AUGAAUACAAAAACAGCCAUCGCAUCCGAAGAUGGGUCGCUCCACGGCCACUCUUCUGCCGAGGGCAUGGUCUCGUCCGAGUACAAACGCUUUUGUCGUCUGCGUGAGUCAUUCACUGAGGAAAAGCAGACCUCGCUUAUUCGAAAAGUUGAUUUCCGCAUCCUGCCUCCUCUAGUGCUGGUAUAUCUACUGGCUUACAUCGACCGCUCUAAUGCAGGCAAUGCCAAAUUAUUUGGUGCUUUGGAAGACCUCGGCCUAAGUGGAGAGCAAUGGAACGUGUCUCUGGCCGUCUUCUUCAUCACAUACGCGGCCGGUGGCGUUCCGUCAAACAUUAUACUCAAGCGUAUCGGCCCACGUUUCUGGCUCCCCUCACUGCUCAUCGGAUGCGGAUCGACCAUUGUCUGUUCUGGCGUUCAAAGCACGCAUGCUGGAUGGAUAGCUUUCAGAUUGAUCCUCGGCAUUAUCGAAGCCGGCAUAUACCCCGGUUGCUCUUUCAUUCUCACCUCGUGGUAUAGCCCCGAAGAACUGCAUUCGAGAAUGACUUUCUUUUACUCGGCUGCUUCCAUUGCAGGCGCUUUCUCUGGACUUCUUGCUUUUGCCAUUGGCCGCCUGGACAGCACCUGGGGCUACCGGGGCUGGCGCUGGAUCUACGUCUUGGAGGGAGCCUUCAGUGUCAUUGUGGGCGUUGCGUGCUUCUGGCUGAUUGAGCCUGUGCCGGGAAAGGUUACAAGCUGGUUAACAGACGAGGAACGCGAGUAUCUCGUGCUCCGAAACCGAUUCGCCGCAGGUGGAGAGAGCGGUGUCAAGGAGCGAGAGGAUUUCAACAUGGCCGACGUUAAGAAGGCGUUCCGCUCCAUUCACACCUAUUCUGUGGCGUUAACGGAGUUCACUGUGGCUGUUGUUGUGUACGGAAUCAGCUUCGUCCUGCCCAGCAUCGUUCAGAGCCUGGGCUAUUCGAACGUCAAGGCUCAGGCAAUGACUGCUCCGCCAUACAUCUUCGCCUGCGUUGUCACCGUCAUCUCUGGCCUGGCAGCCGAUCGCUACCGCCAGCGGGCACUGUCAAUCAUGCUUCCAAACGCAAUGGCUGUCAUUGGAUUCAUCAUCAUUACAAUCACAAUCCGCUACCAUCAGAUUCCCGGAGUAACAUACUUUGGCAUUUUUCUAAUGGCUGGCGGUUUGUAUCCCAUCUCACCUGCCGUCAUGGCUUGGGUGGCUCUGAACAUGGCUGGUUCCAUGAAACGUGCGGCUGGGCUUGGACUAAUGAUGUCCUUGGCCCAGCUCGGGGGCAUUGUGGGAUCUAACAUUUUUCUGCCCGAUGAAGCACCCGUGUACCCUACUGGAUUCGGAAUGUGCAUUGCCAUGUUGACAGCGUUCGGCGUCAUCUGGCCCGGCAUCUACUACCUGAUCCUGAAGAGGAUCAACUCCAGAAGGGCAGCCUUUUCGACCGAGGAGGUAAUGGCAAAGUAUACGCCGGAGCAAUUGACCGACAUGGGCGACGAGAGUCCUCUCUUUCGCUAUGCUCUUUAG